UUGGUCACCUAGAGCCUUGAUUAAUUAGCAAACAGUUUGCCUUCCAACAAAAAUUGUUAGAUUAUUUAUUCUUUUCAAUAUUUUUUUUGGGUGAAAACAAAAAUGGGUAGCAAUUUGAAGUUUCUCUGUGUUUAUCCACUGCCAUCUGAAUUAAAUUUAGAUGAAAUAAUUGAAUUCUUACAAAAUUUUGGUGCAGUGAGUGUCCAUCAAUUGCAAAAAGGGAAAAGAAAUAACAGAUAUGUUGCUGGGUUUGAAAAUGAAGUUGAUCGAGACUUUGCCAGGUCUCGUCUUAAUCAGCUGAAAUUGCUUGGGGUGAAGAUGAGUGCUGUUGUUUGGCCCACUCCUCAAGCAGAUUCUAGUGAAGAAACACAAACAUGGUUGACUGGAACAAAGUCAAGCUUAUUGCAGCUCAGGAGUUUGGAUGCUGCAUUGCAGUCCAGUCACUUCAAUGAACUGCCACUACAACCUCCCUUCCUACAAUACAGCUAUCCUGCCCCCACUGCUGCUGUGCUGAGCAAUAUUGUCCGCACCAUGCUGGCUGUACCUGCGCUCUACACUCAGGUGUGUCAUCUGAUGAACAAGAUGAACCUGCCUCCUCCAUUCGAGGAUGCAGUUCAAGGCUCCACAUCCUCGCCUCCUGAAAAGAAAGGGGCUGCAAGUUCUGGUCAUACCGAGACGUCUGCCGUAACCUGCACACUCGCCCCUGAAGGUUUCACGCCACAAAAGCGACAGAAGCUUCAGGAUACUCAACAAGCUCUACACUCAGAACUAGAACGAAUAGAUGAAGGUGCUCCGGUGUGCAUUUUAUGCCGGAAGGCCUUUACCAGUAAUCUGAAAAUUGAUCAUGAUUCAAUGUUGCGGGAAAGACGCAGCGGAUCUUCGGAGUCUGAGCUGGAAUCUGAUCUAGACGAGACAGACUCUUCAGCGUUGAGUCACAAGGAGGAUAUAAUCAAAGCCAUCAAACGACCCCGACGUUCGCUCGAGGCCCUUGUCAACCCGGGGAAGAAAGCACGGCUUCAACUUGUAUCUCAUAAGAUGGAGUCGUCAAAAAAAGCUCCUGGGUCUCGGGAAGUGUUAGCCAAGAAACAUCAACCCAAAGCAUUUGGUGGUGCGACGGGUGUGGAUUCAACUCGUAAACUCAAGCUCAAGCUUCCGAGUAGCUUGCCAACUCAUUUGAAAUCUGUCCACGCAGCUCCAUCGUCUGCCAACCUCUCCACUGGGUCGUCUGCCAACCUCUCCACUGGGUCGUCUGCCGACCAGUCCACUCUUGUAUCUACUGGUUCCUUCACUGGCGCGUCCGCAGAACCGUCUUCUGAACACUCUACUAAAUUAUCCACUGGAAUGUUUGCUGACCUGCCUUUUGGCCUAUCUUCUAGCUCUUCAGCUGUUGUUUCAGCUAACUCAUCCAACGAAGUUAGCUCUGACCUCUCUGCUAGUUCAUCCACUGUUCUUUCCACCGCCUCAUCCAUUCACCUUUCUACCGCCCCAUCCACUGACCUUCCCACUGCACUAUGCAUUGACAUAUCCACCGCACCAUCUGCUGAAAAUUUUAGUAUUUCAUCUACUGACUUCUCGACUGGCCCGCCGACAGACUCCGACAUUACCCUCUCCACCGACCGGUCUAGUAACUCCACUAUCGGUCAGGAAUUAUUCAGCAAUGAGAACAGAAUGGAUUCUAGUGCAUCGGAGAAUACUGCUGUUCCAGAGCCGGCAUUCUCAAUGCAAGAACUGCAGAGCAAUCGCAUCAAGGAAUCGGAGUUCGCCGUAGUGCCUGCACUGGCCCGCUAUGCGCCCGGCGUGCCGUCCUCCAGACUGUACAUCAAGAACUUGGCACGGCGCGUGACGGCAGCCGCGCUGCAUCGCGUCUACGAUGGUUUCGUCAGCCCCGAGCAUGCGGCCGACCCUGCCAUGUACCACAUCCGCGUGCUGCAGGAGGGGCGCAUGAAGGGGCAGGCGUUCGUGACGUUGCCGUCGGUCGCCGUCGCUGAGCGCGCGCUGCGCCUCACCAACGGCUUCAUCCUCUGCGACAAACCCAUGGUCGUGUGCUUCGCCAGGACCCAAGCCGCGGCCUAGCAUGCAGCAUAAGAGGACAGGCGCGGGUCAUUCACGUGACCCAUCCCAGGACCCAAGCCGCGGCCU